GACAUUUUCUAAUCAGAAUAGCCAUUCAUUUAAACUGCAUCCUAAAAAUACUUCAAUAAAAGACUCGGAUAUUAGCAAAUUCUUAACAAUUCUACCGUUUUUGACAUCACGGGAGUGUUAUUUUUUUCUUAUUCCUACUUACAAUAACAUUAUCACGCUCUGACAGUUCUUAUGCUUUUUUAAACGUUAUUUAAGUCUACAAUUAAAAAUAAAAAGAAUAGGACAGAAGAAAAAACUUUAUAUGGGAAAAACAAGCAUGAGAAGAGGAAACGUGGGUCGAAACUAUUACAUAGCCUGGACUGCUGGUGACCUGCUCCUAGCGAGAGAAGCUACCCUGUCCUGCAACAAUGUUUACUAGCUUUAGAGAAGCGCUCUUUAGGAUCCGAACGACCAACAUAACAGAAACACAUCAUGUAAUACAGAGUAUACGUGACAACAACCUCGAGGAGCUGGAAGAAUUACUCAAGGACAACAACAUCAAUGAAACAUACCCAUGCACACAGCCGAAGGAUUUAAUAACACCACUGAUCGCCUCUGUUGUAUACCAGAAGGAGGACAUUUGCACGUACCUUCUGCAGAAGGGUGCAAACCCAGAUGUUGCUUCUGAAGAAGGCUUCACACCUUUGCAUUAUGUCUCUCUAUCCAAAGCACCACUGCUUUUUGUGGAGAAACUGCUUGAAGCAAAUGCUAAUCCAAAUAAGAGGAUAAAAAAUCAGAUGUACUUACCACUAAAUUAUGCUCUCAUCAAUGACAGGGAAGAUGUUAUGAAAGCACUCAUUUCUGCUGGUGCUCUGGUAGAAGAAUUACCCUAUUCUUCCCCUAACGACAACAAACGACUAUAUCAGAUAGUUCAUAAAUAUGCAUCUGAAGGGGAUGUGUUUUUCUCCAAGAUCUGUUACUUCCUGGAUUUGAGACGUGCUGUGCAAAAGAAUCAGCCUGAAGAGGUGUUCAAAACCUUUGGCAGUAACAUACUGCUGGAGCAUCCUCAGACCUCUGUGACCAUUAUUGAAACACUUUUUAAAGUAAACGGGGCAUCUGCAGAAAAGUACCGCCAAGGCUGUAUCAAAUGGCUCAAAGACACUGACAGUGUAGACGCCUACAUCUCAAGUGUGAUCAGGCGCUUUCCAAAUGUUAUGAAGCACUGUGUGCAUCAGGUUAUUGAGAGUUUGUCUACAGUUUUGUGCACUGUUGAAGAAGUACAAAAUAAACUAGCAUGUGCUCUGAUUCCAGAGUUACUUGAACUGCUUGUCUCGGAAGCAAGACCUGCCGUGUGUGAAUUUAUUCUGAAAACACUUUACGUGAUAACACAGAAAACAAAAGGCAAAAAUGACUGGGAUGCAGACUUUAUUGAGAGGUUAUGCAGAACAGUCGCCCCUUUUGUGAAUGAGAAAUACUCCUCUGACAUAAGAGUCUUCACGUAUGCCAUAUUCGGGAAGCUGCUCUCUGUGGAAAAUGCUGUAAACUUCAUAACAUCUGCAGGGAUAACUUCAGUGCCUGAUGACAUCCUGACAUCUGCAGACAUGAAAUUGCAGACAGAUCUUACAGACGUGAUCAGACGACUAAAAAUUUAUCUGAGCAAAUCAAAAUCAGCAGCAGCUGAGCCUCUUUACAUCAACACCACUGCAACAUCAGCGAAACAGGGAUGUCGUCUAUUCAGCAAGAGAUGGCAAGAAAAAUUAGAGAAGCUCAUGAGCGCUGAUGAAAGUAAAGUAACCAGAGUGGGAAGCAUGGUUUUUGUGAAAGAAAAGGAAUUCAGGAUAGCGGAGGGAAGCAAGGACACUGAAGUCUUCUUGGGGCUGAGAGACGACGGCACUGAGGUUGCCAUCAAGAGAAUGAUGAGACGCAGCUGUAAGGAGCUGAAGAAUGAGGAAGAAUUUCUACGACUCCCAGAGCUGGAUCAUCCAUCUAUCGUACGAUAUGUUGACUAUGCAGAGGAUGAGGACUUCAGAUACCUUGGUCUUCAGCUUUGUGAGUACACCCUGGAAGAAUACAUUGACUCCAAUAAAGAUGGAGGUCUGCAGAAGAAGAAACUGGUCCAUGAGUUCCUUGAGGGUUUAAGGGUGCUUCAUAGUCAAAAGCGUCCAAUUCUCCAUCGGGAUCUCAAACCACAAAAUGUUUUGAUCGAUGUCACUGGGAGGGCAAGAUUAGCUGAUUUUGGCAUCAGUCGACGGUUGCCCAAAGGCCAAACGACUUAUCACACAGGGGCCGCUGGAACAAAGUGCUGGAAGGCCAAGGAGACCUUAGUAGAAGAUGCUGAUAUACCAUACAAGUCCAGCACUGAUAUACAGGUGGCAGGGAUGCUGAUCUAUUACAUCCUGUCCGGGGGUCACCAUCCUUUUGGAGACAAAGCUUGGAAAUGUGAGAACAACAUUGUUCAGGGGAGGUACAAGCUGGACCAUGUUGAAGAUGUGGUGGCAAAGGAUCUCAUUGAGAUGAUGAUCAAUGAAGAGCCAAGGAAGAGACCAAAAGUUAAGGAAUGCUUGAGUCAUCCUUUCUUUUGGGAGCAGCAGAGGAGAGAAGACUAUUUGAUCGAAGUUGGAGACAUGGAUGAAGUGAAACAGUACAAGACUGCUGAUUCAGAGAUGAUUUCUGCUAUGGAAAACUGUGCAGGAAACGGAUCCUUCAAAGGAUGGAAAACUAAGUUUUCUCCAGAGUUGCUCCGGAAAGUAGACAGCGAGAAGAAACCCUACACUAAAAACAUCCUGGGACUGCUGCGAUUCACUCGAAACCUCUUUGUGCACUACAAAGAGGAGGCCGCCAAAGUUGAUGUCCUGUCAUUAUUUCCUGGUCUAUUUGGAGGAGUCUAUAUUUUUGCAAGAAGCCAAGGGUGGAAUUCAAGGCCGUCCCUGCAGAGAAUACUUGAAAGAAAAGAGUCUUCAACAGAGGCCAUCACCACCAGAGGGGCUACCUCUUCCACAAACCCUGAUGAACAUGUCAGCCAGCCGGGUCAAGAAACUCAGACAUCCACCAAGCUAACUGAAGAGUGACUCCAGGCUCACAUGGAUCCAUUCAGAGGGGUCUUGACUCAGAUGUAAGUGAGGUCCACUGAUACUGAGAGGAUUUGAAUGAAGUGUUAGCAAUCAAACCUGCUGCUGCAAAGACAGCAUUCCCCCCUGCAUGAUUGUAUUUUGUAAGUAUACUGUUGUAAAGCGCCUUUGUUUGGUGACUGUGGUUGACUUGAAGUAAUUUGACAAAUCACUCAGGUCAAAUAUGUGAGGGUGCUCUGUUAGCUGUUAUAAAUGUGUAUCACUAUGAUGGGUUGCUUUAACAUGCAUUUUAUGUAGUUCUGGAGGGCUGGAUCUUAUGAAAUGGCUGUUAGUUUGUAAAUAUUUAUAAAAUGGCAUCACAUGAGCAGAAAUAAAGUGGUAAUAUUAAUCUAUAAAAUUAAUCUAUCAUGAAUCCUGUAUUUUUCCCAACUUUGCAUCCCAACUAUCAGUGAAGAAAAAAGUUUGUCCAAAGCAAGUCCAGCUAAAGCAGUGAUGAAAAAGGGAAAAACAAUGGAAUUUUAUGGUAUAAACAGUUGUGAGUUUUUAAAUGUUUUUGUCAUUUUUCUGCAUAUUUACCAUAUAAAUGUAAAACACUUGCAUAAUGUUCAACACACCAUGUUUGUCCAUAUUUUGUCAGUUGUACCAUAAAUGUCUCCAUGUCAGAGUUUUCUAUAGGAAUGUAUGGCUGUCCAUGACAUGUAAAGCUUAUCUGUGUAUUUACACACAAGAACAAAAUUGUCUGUACUCUUCUGUUGAAGAAAGAAAACAAUGAAAACGUACUUAAAAUUGA